AUGGAAUACAUUUUCGGUGUCCAUACGUGGCGUUUAGGUUCCAGAAAGGUUACUUUUGUGUUGCCCGAGAGUAUUGCAAGUCAGGAAGCCUUCAGGAGACGUUCCACCCUCCGCCCGUCAACUAGUCUCGAGGCGCACAUAAUUGCACCCGGUAAACUGCCGGAAAACGGUUGCAUCAUACAAUGCCAACCUCUUACCUCUUAUCACCGUCUAUACUUGGCAUCUGAUAACUCGUCCGCACCAACUUGUAUAACCCCGAUAUCUCAUAGUUAUCUGGUUAUUUCCGUCACAUUAGGCUUUGGCCAAUCUGAAUCGGACGAAUACACACCAGCGCUUAGUCACUCAGCCGUUGACCGUAUCCUGGUCUCCAACCACCAUGUCGUUCACAAGAGUGUCGGCUAG